UCAAAAAUAGUCAAACACUGCAGGUAAUUAUUGAGUUCGGACGAGUUCCUUCCAGCCGUCAGUUUGGAAAAUGGAAGUCACACAAAGACGGAAUAUUGUUGGAAAUAUCGAAAAUCUUAAACAAACUUCAAAGGCAAAUGGCUCAGCAAACGGCCAGGUGAAUAAUCGAGAUCGUUUGCACCCGGACAGGAAGUUAAAUGCCCGUGAAAUUACAAGUAUCGCAAAGAGAUACCUAAAGAUUUUGUCCUAUCCGAUCGAGUGCAUUGUUUGUGCAAUUGCUAUAUUUUAUAUCGUGUUGAUUCUCUCUCCAUUGCUGCUUGUCUAUAAUGUCCUGAGGUUCAUUGAGAAACAAUGGGUAUAUCUAAGAUCAGGUUGGGUUGCCAUGAGUGGGCAAGACGCGUUGUGGUUGCAGGAUACCAAGGAGAACAGACUCAUCAUUAACAGCGCAAUGGCCCUAGAAUGCACCAACAUUGAGCAUUUAGUAGAUGGUGUAAGGGAGAUUGUCCAGAGAUGUAUUAAGAUGAAAAAGCCAAAUGGCCAAGCAGUGUUCCCUCGGUUAAACAAGUGCAUCCAGCGUGGCAUAUUUCAAUAUUUCCUGAAAGACCCUGAUAGUUUGGAUAUUGCGGACCACAUAUACGCAUACAGUGGUCCAGCUCCCAAGUCCCAUGAAGAAAUGGAAUCACUUAUCUCAACCUUAAGUGCCAAGGAUUUCACCUUCGAAAGCCCCCCGUGGCAAUUCAUUAUCAUUCCCAAAACCUAUGAUCGUAACGAGGCAAUUAUAUUGUUCCGACUGCAUCAUGGCAUGGCAGAUGGAGUAUCGUUGACAAGAUUCCUCCUAGAGCAGUUUCCUGACAAACCACUACCAGAAAACAAGCUUCUCAAAUAUUCAGCUGUGAACAGAAAGUGGAUAUAUCUAAAUGGACUCUUGGCUGGUAGCAGGAUCCUUGUUGAAAAACUUUUCUCCACACCGGACUGUUCAAUUAUUCAUGGUCCUCCAUUGAAAGGCGUUAAGAAAAUGUCCUGGAGUCAACCAAUCAGUUUACAAGUCAUUAAGAAGAUAAAGAACCACACAGGAACAACAGUGAACGACAUCAUGAUGGCUUGCGUGUCCAUGAGCUUCCAUGACUAUUUCAGGGCUCAUGGAGUAUCUAACCCUCCUGACGUUACUAUAACCGUGCCCGUUGAUGUCCGCCCAAAAGGCCAGCCGUUAGAAUUGGAAAAUAACUUUGCAGUUGUUACGCUCAAGUUGCCUGUUAGCGAGGAAGGUGCUCUUGAAAAUCUAUAUGCAACAAAGAGACAUAUGGAUGAAAUUAAACACUCUGGUGAGGCAUUUGUAUUGGCUAUCGCUGGAAACCUGACAGUUGAGUACAUACCUGAAUUUCUUACAAAACUUUGGAAUGUUCCAAUUGCUAAUAAGCACUCGUUUGUAAUGUCAAAUGUCCCAGGAUCCCAGGAGCAGUUUAGCAUUUGUGGUCAUAAAGUUACCCAGAUCUUUUUUGCACCACCUCAACGAAACUUGGUUGGCAUCGGGGUUGGCAUUUAUAGCUAUGCGGGCGAGUUUUCUAUUGGGGUUCAGAGUGACUUAAAUUGUAUGACUGAUCCCAAAUGGAUUGUGAAAGCAUUUGAAUCUAGGCUUGCACAACUUGAGAAGUGUAUUGUCAGUUCUACAGGACAAAUUGAGUUUGACAGCGGCAUUGAGUAAAUUUAGUAAAAUUAAUUACAGUAUGAAAAGUAGAUUUAGUAUAGUGUUUUGUCAAGUUCAAGAGUUUUGACAUAUUAGAUGAAAAGAUGGACAAUUAAUGGAACUUACCAUAGACAUUGCUUUAACUCUUCUGUGAACUUUAUUUGAUGAGAUUUAACUCAAUUGUUAAUGAAUGGUGAAAAUUACACAUAGAGUUAGUGAACAUUUUAUCAAUGUUACAUGCAAAGGAUUUAUAGAUUCAUAAUAAUAUAUAAGACUAUAAGAACUGAG